AUGAGCUUAUCAGAAAUAGAUGAUCUUUACUAUUAAAAGAAAAUAGAUAAGUAAAUAUCAAAUAUCUCUAUAUCUUUUACUAAUUAGUAUAUCAUUAAAAAAUAAAUUUAAAAUUAUAGCUACAAUAUGAGUUUUACAGAAGCGUUUGGGGUUGCAUAAAGCGAAAAAAAGAUUAAAAAAAUAAUAUCAGAAGACACUUUAAAUAUGAAGCUUGAUUAGCUGAUUGUAAAAUAGCAUUAAAGCCAAAAGAAUUACCUUGAUUCAGAUUCUCAAUCUAGUGGAUUCUUUUCUAGUGAGGAUGAAAUACAAAAAAAAAGUCAUUAUAAAAAUUGUUUAACUCAUAAAUAAGAAAAAUUAACUUUGAUGUGCAGUGAUUUGUACUGCUAGAAAAAAGGUCCUAUAUGCCACGUAUGUUUACUUGAAGACCAUUCAGAUCAUUUAGAAAAAACAGGAGAUUUAGAUUAUUAUUUGCGUUAAAUUGAUUCAUAUCUUAAAUAACAUAAAGUUGGAUAGUCUAAGUAAGAAGAUAUUAAUGAUAUAUUGAUUGAUUUUAAAUUCCUAAUAGAUUAACAGAAGAAAAAAAUCACUUUAUUACUUCAAUAAAUUGAUGAUCAAGCUAAAGCUUUCAUUUAACAGAUUAAAGAAAACAGUGAGAAAGAUACAGCUUAAAUUAUACAUGUCAUUAACAGGAUAUAAGAUGAUCAAAAUAAAAUGACUACUAGCACUUAUAUAAAAGAGAUUGGAGAUUUAACUUAAUAUUUUGAAUUCUAUUCUUAGACAAAAUAGAUCUAUAGAAAAGAAGUUAUGAGAGAGCUAUUUUUAAAUAAAAUACAAAAUAUGAUUAAUGAAAAGACAGAUAUUAUUUACUAAAAUAUUCAUGGCAUAUAUAAAUCACUAUAUAAGAUUCUUGAUACUUUAAAUGAAGUUUAGAUUUAAAAGCAUAAGAUUUAAGACUUUCCUAAGAUAAACUUGGAAUAGAUUGAAAAGUAACAAAGAAUAAAAAUUGCUCAUUUAAAUUGGAUUAGAAAUGUUAUAACUUUUGAAAUGACUGAUUAUGAAAUAGACAAGCUAGGUAUUAGAAAUGAAAUUAUUGAUAACGUUUGUAUAGUUUCUUGUAGUGAUGAUAUGACAAUUAAAUUUUGGGUUAACUAUGCUGGUGAAGGUCCUUAUAAUUUUAGAGUCUUGAAAGAAAUAAGCCAAGCACACGAUAAAGAAAUAUUCGUAAUGCGAGUGCAGCUUAUGAAUAAUAUCAGCAAAAAAAAACUUAUAUAAACUUGUUUAGAAUGCUCAAAUAUUUUACUGACAGGCUAAAAUGGAAAAAUAAAAAUAUGGAAUUGGGUUUUGGGAAAAUGUGUUAAUGAAAUAUAAACUCGUUCAUAGUUCUUAAAUGAUUUUAUUUUGCUUGAAAAUCCUUAAUCAAGAUUAGUUUGCAAUAGUGGUGGAAAAAACUUAAUUGUUCUCAUUGAUUGGGCAAUAUUUGAUGGUCUUACUAUUCGUACAAUACAUCCAAAAGAAAAUGGUAGGGAAAUAGUUUCACUUUGUCGUAUUGAGAGGAAAUCGUCAGCAAUAAAUAAGAAUAUAAAUAUAAUAAAAAAAAAGAUAGAUGCUUUCCAUUAAUAAAUUUUAGAAGAAAAUAAACAAGGAAGAAAAAAAUAAUAAAAUCAAAUUGAAGAAGAUAAUUUGGAUGAAAAUGAAGAUGCAAACGGAGAUUUAUUUGCUGUUUGUUUUGCUGGAGAAAACGGAGUUGUUAAAGUAUAUAAUUAAAAUGGAGACUGCUUGAAUACUCUAGAAAGGAAAGAUCCAGAUUGGUCAGUUUGCUUCGAGUCUAUGAAAGUUCUUAAAUAUUAUCCAAAAGCUACAUUUGGUGAAAAUCAGACAUACGCUCUAGUUACUGCUUCUGAUAGUUCUACUUUAUCUGUUUACACAAAUAGAGAGGUAUUCAAAAAAGAAAAAGCUCAUGAAGGGAUGAUAAGAGGGCUCUGUGUGUGGGAAGUAAGAGAUGGUCUGAAUCUGAGAAAUAUAAUCCUAACUGCUGGAGAUUAAGAUGUUUUGAUAAAAAUGUGGGAAGGAGUUGACGGAUAGCUUUUAAGAUCAAUAAAUGCAUCACAGUCAGGUCUGAGAUGGAGAUCAUUGACAUGUUAUUAACCUAAAAAACUAGACAAAUAAAAUGGAACAAAAUAAUCAGAUCAGUAUUACAUCAUAUUUGGUUCAAAGCAUGGAACAAUUUAUAUAUUUGGUGCAUCUAAGUGA